AUGAGAUCAAUAUCCUUUACUUUCUGGUUAUUGCUGAGUUUCAGAGCACUCUUUACAGAGGCACAAGUACCAAAUUUAUUGGGAAGUAAUUGCCAAAACACCAGCCAACAACAACAACCUCUCAGCAGUGCAUACCAAACUAAUCUUGAGAGAAUCCUUACAUGGGUAUCCUCUGAUGCAUACAAAGGCAAAGUUUAUAACUACAGAAGCAUAGGCAUCACCUCCUCUGUGUAUGGCCUCUAUGAUUGCCGUGGUGACGUGGUUGGAUACUUUUGUCAAUUUUGUGUUUCUAAUGCUGCCAGAGAAGCCCCUCGGCUCUGCCCCAAUAGUGUAUCUGCUAUGGUGUGGUAUGAUUAUUGCAUUCUAAGGUACUCAAAUGAGAACUUCUUUGGGAAAGUUCUCACAAACCCAAUAUGGUAUGUUCUUGGAACCAAAAACAUAUUCAACAAGACAGAGAUUCAGAAAGUAGGCGCCACCUGCACAACAAUUGGGGCAUUCACCUCUGGCACCUCCGAGCUCGGCACCACCUAG